AUGACAUCAAAUUUCACUUUGGAAGAAUUAGCAAAAUUGUCGAUCUUUGCAACAGAAAGUUUCAAUGACUAUAAAUAUCAAAAUGCUACAUCUUUUAAUGAUACCAAUAAUGAAAAAUUCAUUCACAAUAAAUUUCCUUGCGAACCUCUGAAAUUUUGCCACACGUGCAAUGAAACUAAUGAUCAUGUCAGGCUAAUCUCUAGUAAAGUUAAUAGAAUUAAAGAAAUAGUUGAUAAAUUUUAUAUUAAAAAAAGAACUGAAAAUUUCUCAUUAUAUAACACGCAAUUCACACUAAGUAAUAUUCCUUGUGAAUUAGAAUACGACUUGUCAAAUUUUACAAAUGAAGAAUUACAAAAGUUGGUAAAUUUUACAACUAAAAAUUUCAACGAUGAAGAAUAUCAAACUACCACAUCUCUUAAUAAAUGCGGAAAUGAAAAUUUGCCUCUCAAUAAUCCUUGCGAAUCAGAAUAUGUUUGA